AGUAGUGUCUCAUAGGUUGGAAGAACUGGUAUUUUCCAUAAUGAUGCUCCUCCUGUGGCGAGGUGUCUGUGUGCUACUGGGUCUGUCAUGCUGCCUCAUGGAAGUGACGUCAUCAUUGAACCUUGAAGACCCCAACGUCUGCAGCCACUGGGAAAGUUAUUCGGUUACCAUCCAGGAGUCGUAUGCACACCCAUUCGAUCAGGUCUACUAUACAAGCUGCACUGAUAUUCUCACAUGGUUCAAGUGUACACGCCACAGGGUCAGCUACAAGACGGCAUACAGGAGAGGAAACAAGACCAUGUAUCGCCGCAAGUCCCAGUGCUGCCCUGGUUUCUAUGAGAGCAAUGAAAUGUGUGUUCCGCACUGUGCUGAGAAAUGCAUGCACGGCCGCUGUGUUGCCCCCAACACCUGUCAGUGUGAACCCGGCUGGGGAGGAGCCAACUGUUCCAGCGCAUGCGACAGCACCCACUGGGGUCCUCAUUGCAGUAACCGGUGUCAAUGUAAAAACGGCGCCCUGUGCAACCCCAUCACGGGCGCCUGCAUCUGCACGACCGGCUACCGUGGAUGGCGCUGUGAGGAAAAGUGUGAGGCGGGAACCUAUGGCAACGACUGCCAGCAGAAGUGCCAGUGCCAGAAUAAUGCCAUCUGUCACCACAUCACGGGAGAGUGCACAUGCAGUCCGGGCUACACUGGAGCAUUUUGUGAGGAUUUGUGUCCUCCGGGCAAACACGGGCAGCAGUGUGAGGAGCGAUGUCCCUGCCAGAAUGGUGGAGUGUGCCACCACAUCACUGGAGAGUGCUCCUGUCCUGCUGGCUGGAUGGGGACUGUGUGUGGACAGCCAUGUCCUGAAGGUCGAUUCGGCAGGAAUUGUCUCCAGGAGUGCCAGUGUCACAAUGGAGGAACCUGCUCCUCCACCUUGGGCGAGUGUAUCUGCAGUCCAGGCUACACCGGGGAGAGGUGCCAGGACCAGUGUCCUAUUGGCAAGUACGGUGUAAAGUGCCGGCAGACGUGUCGCUGUGAAAACGGAGCCAAGUGCUACCACAUCAGCGGCGCGUGUCUGUGCGAGCCAGGCUAUACGGGCGAGAUGUGCGAGACCCGGAUCUGCCCAGAGGGCAUUUAUGGCUCCAAGUGUGACAAAACAUGCCCAUGCCAUGGUUCAAACACCAGAAGCUGCCACCCUGUAUCAGGUGAGUGCUCAUGCCAGCCUGGUUGGUCAGGUAUCUACUGUAAUGAAACCUGUCCCCCUGGCUUCUAUGGCGAGGAAUGCCAGCAAGUUUGCCGGUGCCAGAACGGUGCAGACUGCCACAGUGUAACAGGAGAGUGUAUCUGCGCUCCAGGUUUUAAGGGUGUCGAUUGUGCUGUAAAGUGUCCUGCAGGGACUUAUGGAGUGAACUGCUCUUCUGUUUGUACCUGUAAGAAUGGCGCUACUUGUUCUCCUGUGGAUGGAUCCUGCACAUGCAAAGCAGGCUGGCAUGGAGUACACUGCUCUAUAAACUGCCCGAGUGGUACAUGGGGACUGGGCUGUAACCUCACCUGCUUGUGUGGGAACGGUGGAGCAUGUAAUGCCCUGAAUGGCCAGUGCACGUGUGCUCCAGGUUGGAGAGGAGAACGAUGUGACCAGCACUGCCAGGAUGGAACGUAUGGUGUGGAGUGUCAGGAACGAUGUGACUGCAGUCAUGCUGAUGGGUGCGACCAUGCCACUGGCCACUGCCGCUGUCUUGCAGGCUGGACAGGGAUCCACUGUGACAGCGUUUGUGCUGAGGGUCUCUGGGGGCCAAACUGCUCAGUGCUCUGUAACUGCAAGAACGGAGCAUCCUGUUCACCUGAUGAAGGAACCUGUGAGUGUGCCCCCGGCUUCAGAGGAACCACAUGCCAACGGAUUUGCUCUCCUGGGUACUUUGGGCACCGCUGCAGUCAGGCGUGCCCACAGUGCGUCCACAGUAACGGCCCCUGUCAUCACGUCACAGGCCAGUGUGACUGUCUUUCUGGUUUUAAAGGAGCGCUCUGCAAUGAAGUGUGUCCUAACGGCAGGUUUGGAAAGAACUGUGCCUCGACAUGCACCUGCACCAAUAAUGGCACAUGUAACCCUAUUGAUGGCUCGUGCCAGUGUUACCCAGGCUGGAUUGGGAGUGACUGCUCACAGCCAUGCCCUCCUGGUCACUGGGGUCCGAACUGCAUUCACACAUGCAACUGUCAUAACGGAGCCUACUGCAGUGCUUACGAUGGAGAGUGCAAAUGUACACCCGGAUGGACCGGCCUUUACUGCACACAGCGCUGUCCGUUAGGUUUCUAUGGUAAAGACUGUUCCGAGACCUGUCAGUGUCAGAACGGUGCCGACUGUGACCACAUCUCCGGGCAGUGUACCUGCCGCAGAGGCUUCAUGGGACGACAUUGUGAACAAAAAUGCUUGCCCGGGACAUACGGCUUCGGUUGCAGGCAGAUGUGUGACUGCCUUAAUAACUCCACCUGUGAUCACGUGACAGGGACAUGCUACUGCAACCCGGGCUGGAAAGGUGCCCGCUGUGACCAAGCUGGCGUAAUCAUCGUGGGCAACCUUAAUAGUCUGACCAGCGCAGCUGUGCCAAUCGAUUCCUAUCAGGUUGGUGCCAUCGCAGGAAUCAUAGUUCUGGUUCUGAUGGUGCUCUUCCUCCUGCUCCUUUUCAUCAUCUACCGAAAAAAGCUAAAGGGCAAGGAGCCCGCAAUGCCCUCCGUCACAUACACCCCUGCCAUGCGGGUUAACGCAGACUACACCAUUACAGAUUCAAUGCCCCACACAAACGAGGGUCCUCCUAACAGUAACUACUUCUCCAAUCCCAGCUAUCACACUUUGGCACAGUGUACUAGCCCAACUCGUGUCAACAACCUGCCUUACGGAAAGACAAAGAACAACCAGUUGUUUGUUAACCUGAAGAAUGUGGAACAGAGAAAGCGGCCGUCACUGAGGGAUCACACUGGAACCCUGCCGGCUGACUGGAAACAAGGCAACUGCUUUAAUGAGCUUGGAGCUUAUGGAAUUGACAGACGUUAUUUGGGAAAAUCUCUUAGAGACCUGGUGAAAGGUGUGCCCUACCAUGCCAGCUCUUGCUCUCUGACCAGCUCAGAGAACCCCUAUGCCACAAUUAAAGACCCCCCUCUCCUGAUGCCCAAAAACACUGAGUGUGGCUAUGUGGAGAUGAAGUCGCCUACACAGAGAGAACCUCCGUAUGCGGAGAUACAGUCUGAUUCCAGUCCAACCAGCAAAAACGUUUACGAAAUCGAGCCGACCGUCAGUUCAGUCUACACACCUACCAACAACAACAAUAAAGGACCGUUCGGCCAGGACCUGUACGAUCUACCAAAGAACAGCCACAUCCCAUGUCAUUAUGACCUGCUGCCCACACGGGACAUCACCCCAUCCCCCAAGAAAGAGCUUGAAAAUGAAUGAGCUCCUAAAGGAAUGAACUAAAUACCCAUUCCCACUGCCAUGGACAUACUUUCUGUGGUUCCUCCCAAGUUCCCUGGUUGUUUGGAUCUGCAUAUCUUCAUAUCAGGAUAACCAUUUUUAUAAUGAGUUGUUUUUGUAUUUUUACUUUCAUAUAGUUUUUAAUGUCAUGAUAACCAUUUUUAAUCAUUUGUUUUUACAAAAGCAAACAAUUUACAGACCUUUAGAUAAAACAUGGAUGAACUUGUGUACAGAAGGUGGCAUUUUAUAUAUAGCAGAUCAACUUAAUCAUUCCAUCAGUGAAUCAUAUCACUCAGAAAUACAGAGCAAUACAGAGCAAACCUCAAUUUAUUUUUGUAUUAAAAUGUUCGGAGACCUGUUCAGUAUUAGAGAUUGCAGACGAGGCUGAAAUGUCUGAGUUGUUUUGCGCGCGCGCGUGUGUGUGUGUGUAUGUGUGUAAUUUCCUUUUUUAUAGUUAAAGUUACUACGAUCUGUAUUGAGAGGUUGUUAUCUGCGUUGCCAUGCAUCACCACUGAUAUUUU